UCCUUCUCUGCCCUCAGGGAGAAGCGCCCCGAGAGAGACGGGAAGUCUCGCGAGAGGAGGAGGCGGAGAGACGAGGAAAGAAAGGCGCGUGGCGCGGGACCGGAAGUGGGACUGCCCCGCCCCCUGGCGGGCCUUUCCGGUUCCGGGUGAGCGGCGGCGGAGCCCCGGCGGCAGCCUUGUUAGCAUGUGGACAUGUCCAGCAUCGCGCCCCUCGCGGCCUCUCUAGAGCAGUGCCCGCUUGCUGGCCUCUCCUCCUCGUGGUCCCGCUUCGUCCAUGGAGGAGGGCACCAUGUCGGAUCUCCUUCUCAACCUGGACACGUCCCUCCCUGCGCGGCCCAAGAAGGCCUCUGAGGGCAACCAGAAGCACCAGCGGUUCAUCAAGCGCCGGCAGUUCCUGGAGCGGAAAGGCUUCCUGAAGCAGAAGCAGCUCCCCGGGCAAGCCCCACUGCCGCGGCGGGAUGCCUCUCAGAAGCACGGCGGGGCAGACUGUGAGCGGGACAGAAAGAGGCCAAAAGUGGACAGGAAGGGGGCGUCCGCCGAGCAGGACAGAAAGCCCCUGCGGGAGGACAGCUCGGCCCGCAGGACCAAGACAUUCCCCAAGGAGAAGGCCGCCCGCGGGGCUAAGGACUCUGGGUCCCAGGGAGGCAAUGCCUCUGGGGGUGCCACAGCCUCGAGCAAAGCAGGGAGCACUGCGGGGGGUGGUUCCUCUGUGAGGCACAAUGGGGCGCAGGCCAAUGGGGCCGCGGGCGAGAUCCGGAGGGUGGCCCUGCUGAGCGAGUUUGAGAGCGGGCUGUCCCCGGUGCUGCUGCCGCCCAAGCCCAGCAAGGUGGUGGCCAUUGACUGUGAGAUGGUGGGCACGGGCCCCGGCGGGCGCGUCAGUGACUUGGCGCGCUGCAGCGUGGUCAGCUACCACGGCGACGUGAUGUACGACAAGUACGUGCGGCCCCUCAGCCCCAUCACCAACUACCGGACGCGCUGGAGUGGCAUUCAGAGGCACCACAUGAAGAACGCCGUCCCCUUCAAGGUGGCCCAGAAGGAGAUCCUCAAGGUCCUCUCUGGGAAGAUAGUUGUGGGCCACGCCAUCCACAAUGACUUCAAAGCCCUCAAGUAUUUCCAUCCCAAGUCGCUGACCAGGGACACCUCGAAGAACCCUCUGCUCAACCGCAAGGCCGGCUUCCCGGAGAACGAGCAGGCCUCCCUGAAGCGCCUCACCAAGCAGCUCCUCCACAGGGACAUCCAGGUGGGGAACAAAGGCCACUCCUCGGUGGAAGACGCCCGGGCCACCAUGGAACUGUACAAGGUGGUGGAGGACGAGUGGGAGAGGCAACUGGCCACCUCUCCUCAGGACUGACCCCCAACUCCAGUCGCCACCAGGCCUUGGAACCCGGAGUCGCUGGGGGAGGCCGACACCCCCCUCCCCGCCCCCCGAGCUGUUUGGAGGAGGAUGUUGACGGGUCCAUGGGGCAGAGGGAGAGGAGGGCCGGCAGAGUGAAGGAACCGCCUGGGGGCAGGGGAGGGGAAGGAGACAAGUGUGUCCAUUACAUCGCUUCCACCUGACGGCAGCCUUGGCGUCUUCCUCCCCUUCCUCUCUGUAACGGUUCCGAGCCUCCUUCCCUCUCGGCUUGAACCUCAGAGGGAGGGGGGCAUCCUCACCCCCCCCCGGCAAGGGGGCUUUCAACAUGGUGCUAUCCACUCCCCAGGCCCCGGUGGCUGUGGGGUUCGUGUGCUGUUGGAGUUGAGCGUCAACCAGGCCAAGGUGCCCAUCCUGUUGCCUCGGCCGGUGGAUCUUUGGUGACCCCCCUCCCCGCCUCUGCGGUGGCGCAGGGAGACUGGCUUCCUGCCCCCACCCUCUUAAAAGGGCGGGGGGGCACUCAGUUCCCUAGCUUGACUUCUGUGGGUCUCCCCUCUCCCUUGCCAGGUGAUGGGAGUCCCUCCCAUGCACUUGGUGAUCUUGAGCUCCCCUCUGCCGCCUCCUCCUUGGCCCCACCCCCUCCCUCGGGGGUCAAGG